AUGGCACCUUCAAGAAACGACGUAGCAGAUAACGAGUCUUCCUCAGAUUCAGACACGAGUAAUAUUGGUGGCGGAUUCAUUAUUGAUGAUAUUUCAACAACCAGAACAAAACGACCAAGAAGGGCAGCAGCCAGAAAAGCAGCAAACAUAUCAUAUGCGGAACUGAGUGACGAUCAAGAAAGCGACUCUAUUGAUUCAGACACUUUUGCCAAUGUUCCUGCUCCAGUUAAGAAGAGAAAGACGCGUACUUCUACGCGUGUUCAAAGCAAGGAGAAAGAGACAAAGAAGAAGAAGACAGCAAGCAAAAGGUCUCUGUCUCCUGAUGAUGAGGACGAUGACCAAGAGUUCACUUUGAGUUUGGAUGACGCGAAAGAGAGCGAAACUACUGAUGAUGAUGAAGUUGAAUAUCUAGGCAGCAACCAAAUAGAGAAGAAUGGCUCUACAAGUGCAGAGGCAAUAGAUCUAGCCGAUGACUUGGAUCUCAAUAAUGAUCCCGAUGAAAAUGUACCACUUGCAUCCCGGAAAGCUCCUAAAAAACGCGCCAAGGGUGGUAAACGUACAAAGAAAGAACCCAAACCAAAAAUGUCAUACUAUGAGAGGACAACGAAUAGAUUGUUUGAACACCACCCUAGUUUAAAAGAAGUGUUUCCAUAUUUGAAGAACACCCCAAAAAUCACACCAGAGAGAGCUGAACAUCCACCAGGAAUGACAAUUAAGCUUUUGCCAUUUCAGUUAGAAGGUUUAAACUGGCUUAUAAAGCAGGAAGAUGGCGAAUUCAAUGGUGGAAUUCUUGCUGACGAGAUGGGUAUGGGUAAGACCAUUCAAACUAUAGGACUUUUUAUGCAUGACAGGUCUAAAGGUCCUAACUUAGUUAUUGGCCCAACAGUUGCUUUGAUGCAGUGGAAGAAUGAAAUUGAAAAACACACCGAGCCAGGUAUGCUUAAAGUUCUACUUUACCACGGUUCCAAUAGAAGUAACAGUAUUCAAGAACUUUCACAGUAUGAUGUUAUCCUUACAUCCUAUUCUGUCUUAGAGUCUGUCUAUAGAAAACAGAAUUACGGAUUCAAAAGAAAAAACGGAUUAGUUAAAGAAAAGUCGGCAAUACACAAUAUUGAGUUCUAUCGAGUAAUAUUGGAUGAAGCCCAUAAUAUCAAGGACAGAAACUCCAACACGUCCAGAGCAGCAGGUAAAUUGAAUACAAAGAAAAGAUGGUGCUUAACAGGAACACCUUUACAAAACAGAAUUGGCGAGAUGUAUUCCUUAAUAAGAUACAUGAAAUUAGAUCCAUUUCAUUCAUACUUUUGUACCAAAUGUGAUUGUAAAAGUGAGGAUUGGAAGUUUUCAGAUGGUAGAAGAUGUGACCUUUGUCAACAUCCACCAAUGCUUCACACUAAUUUUUUCAACCAUUUCAUGCUCAAGAAUAUUCAAAAAUUUGGUAUUGCCGGUUUAGGAUUAGAGGGGUUCAAUAACCUUAGACUGUUGUUGGAUCAUGUCAUGUUGAGAAGAACAAAAAUUGAAAGAGCAGACGAUUUGGGUUUACCACCAAGAGUUGUUGAAAUAAGACGUGAUUUUUUCAAUGAAGAAGAGAAGGACUUGUACCAAUCUUUGUACAGUGAUUCAAAGAGAAAAUUUAACGAUUAUGUUGCUGAGGGGGUUGUUUUAAACAAUUAUGCAAACAUUUUCACUUUAAUCACGAGAAUGAGACAAUUGGCAGAUCACCCAGAUUUGGUUUUGAAAAGAGUUGGAAGUAAUGCCAUAUCCAAUGAAAUUGACGGGGUUAUCAUGUGUCAAUUGUGUGACGACGAAGCUGAGGAACCAAUUGAAUCCAAAUGUCACCACAGAUUUUGCCGCAUGUGUAUUCAAGAGUACAUGGAAUCAUUUAUGGGUGCCAGUAAUAAGUUGGAGUGUCCAGUUUGCCAUAUUGGUCUUUCGAUUGAUUUAGAGCAACCAGCCAUUGAGGUUGAUGAGGAGUUGUUCACAAAGGCAUCCAUUGUGAAUCGUAUCAAACUGGGAGCUCAUGGAGGCGAAUGGCGUUCAUCGACUAAAAUCGAGGCAUUGGUAGAAGAGUUAUACAAACUUAGAUCGGAUAGACACACCAUUAAAUCCAUUGUAUUUUCGCAAUUCACUUCUAUGUUAGAUUUAAUUCAAUGGAGAUUAAAGCGAGCUGGAUUUAAUACAGUCAAGUUACUGGGGUCAAUGUCCCCACAACAACGUGACAACACAAUCAAGCAUUUUAUGGAGAAUACUGAGGUAGAAGUGUUUUUGGUAUCAUUGAAAGCUGGCGGUGUGGCAUUGAAUCUUUGCGAGGCAUCUCAAGUUUUCUUAAUGGAUCCGUGGUGGAAUCCAAGUGUGGAAUGGCAAUCAAUGGAUAGAGUUCACAGAAUUGGUCAAAAGAGACCAAUUAGAAUUACUAGAUUCUGUAUUGAAGAUAGUAUAGAGCUGAAAAUUAUCGAAUUGCAGGAAAAGAAGGCGAACAUGAUCCAUGCAACUAUUAACAAUGAUGAUGCUGCUAUCAGUAGGCUUACACCCGAUGAUUUGCAAUUCUUGUUUAUGAAUUAA